UCCGCCGCCUCCUGUGUGGCACUGAUCACCCCUCAUACAUCCCCCUGUCUGUUUUAAAACCCGCACCGCGAACCGCAUUCAGCAGACCGCCAGACAAGGCUGCACCGCACGAGCUGCUGGACCUGCUCACAUACCUGCAGAAAAGUGAAACUUUGUUUACCUUGUCUGUGUCACCAUGUGAUCGUUUUUUUGUGACAUAUUGAACAUGCAUCUGGGAUUUAUCUUGAAGAUGUGGAGCAGUAAUGAUCAAACAGAGAAGAUGAUGAUCCUCUUCAGUUAGAUCAGAUACUCCCUCCUCCAUCCUCCACCAUGAGCCUCCCCUCCAGCUCGCUUGAAGGGGCGGAGUUCUACAGCCGCAGCACCUCCCCGGUGUCUCUGGACUCCAGCGUUUUCUUCAGCGAGACGACGGCGUCCUGCGUCACCGACUUCUUCAUCGUCAACGUCGGAGGGAGUCGCUACGAGCUGUCUCAGGAGCUGCUGGCAUCCUUCCCGGAGACUCGACUCGGGAAACUGGCGUGCUGCAGCCGAGACUCGGCGCUGGAGCUGUGUGACGACGCCGACCUGCUGGAGAACGAGUUCUUCUUCGACCGAAGCUCUCAGACCUUCCAGUAUGUGAUGAACUACUACCGGACGGGUCACCUGCACGUGAUGGAGGAGCUGUGCGAGGUCUCCUUCCUGCAGGAGAUCGAGUACUGGGGCAUCGACGAGCUCCGCAUCAAGUCCUGCUGCCGCGACCGUUACUACCGCCGCAAGGAGCAGAAGGAGUCGCUCGACGCACGGCGAGAGCUUGAGGCCGAGGACGUCGACGACGAGGACUUUGUCGGCGCCGCCUGCCCGGCUCUCCGGCGGCGCCUUUGGGACCUGCUGGAAAAACCGGAGUCAUCCCGAGCCGCUCGCACCUUCGGCUCGCUCUCGAUGUUCUUCGUGGUCGUGUCCGUCGUCAACAUGGUGCUGAUCUCGCUCGACCUGGAGGAGGACGUGGGUUUGAGCGGCGCCGCUGCCCCGCUGCUGUUCGACGCUUUGGAGUAUGUGUGCGUGCUGUGGUUCACCGGCGAGCUGGCGCUGCGGUUCCUCUGCGUGAGGGACAAGUGGCGCUUCAGUCGGAGCAUUCCCAACGUGAUCGACCUGCUCGCCAUCCUGCCGUUCUACGUGACGCUGGCGGUGGAGAACCUUCACGGGGGGAGCACGGAGCUGGAGAACGUGGGCCGCGUGGUGCAGGUGCUCCGCCUGCUGAGGUCGCUCCGCAUGCUGAAGCUGGGACGACACUCCACAGGUCUGAAGUCUCUCGGUCUGACCAUCACUCAGUGCUACGAGGAGGUCGGCCUGCUGCUCCUCUUCCUCGGCGUCGGCAUCUCCAUCUUCGCCACCGUGGUUUUCACCCUGGAGCAUGACUUUCCCGCCUCCACCUUCAGCAGCGUGCCCGUCGCGUGGUGGUGGGCGACCACCUCCAUGACCACGGUCGGCUACGGAGACAUCCGACCCGACACGGCGAUGGGAAAGGUGCUCGCCUUCCUCUGCAUCCUGUCGGGGAUCCUGAUCCUGGCGCUCCCCAUCGCCAUCAUCAACGAGCGCUUCUCCGCCUGCUACUUCACGCUGAAGGUGAAGGAGGCGGCCACGAGGCACGGCGAGAUGCUGAAGAGGCUGGCCCGCGGCUCGGUGGGCGGGGUCAGCGUGGGAGCGGGCGUGAACCUGAGGGACGCCUACGCCCGCAGCGUGCUGGAGAUGUUGAAGCUGCACGGGCGAGAGAGGGCGAGCACGCGGAGCAGCGGAGGAGACGAGCUGUGGUGGUGACCUCCUCAACCCAAAAGGGGGAUAAAGACCCUGGACCCUGGCCAAAAAGAACGAUGAUGGCGAGGUACCUCACGAUGGGUCUUCGCUCUCGGUACCUCCCCCUAUAAACGACCUUAAAAACAGAAUUCAUGUAAAGAAAACUAAAGAACGGAUACAGGACGAGCGGCGGUCUCCAGCCCAAACUGAGUCUGUGUGUGUACAAAAAUAAAAUAUUAAGCAUUCAUUCACAGACUGUACAGAACAUGGACAUAGUCUCGGUGACGCCACCUAUAGGCGUUUGAAGACCAAUGAUGGCGGUCGCCAUGUCACAAAUGCUGACUCGUGUAUUGGUCAAUGAAGAAUCAGGCAGAGAGGCGUGGUCACAAAUGGAUGAGUAAUAGAAAACCCAUAAUCUGUAUUAUGCUAAAUUAAUUUGUGGUUUCUCUGCAUAAAUGAUUAGUCGACUAUAACAGAGCACGGCGGUUCUUUUUUUAUUUUUUUAUUUUUUUGGUGGUUUUUUUUGCCUUUAAUGGAGAGACAGGACGGUACAUUGAUUAUGAAAAGUCAAAAAGCUGAACAUCCAGCCUGAUGGGGCCAAAGUUCAACGUGUAGAGGGGUGCUGUUGGUCGGUUGGUUGAACUUGUUGGCCCGUCCAGCAGAUAAUAGUCUGUUAUGAACCCUGACAUGUUAGACUACUCUUGAUAUUUAGCUCACCUAAAAAAAAAAAAUAAAUCAUGAUGUAAAAGGAUUUGUUGAUAUUGUUUGAUGUUUACAUUUUCUGACCCUUAAAAACGAUGUCAAUAAAAUAAAAAUGAUUCCUUGCUGAGGAACAUUUAGUGUCCUUAAAUGAAUA